GCGUGAGCGCGCCCGCUCCCGGUGGCGCGCACGGCAGCCGCGGCCGGCCGCCAUCUUCCUCCCGAAGCGGCUGCUCCCGGUGCAAAAGGCGGGGGUCCGCGGCCCUGCCGGGCAGCCCACGCCUCGGCCGCCGCGGUGGGAGGCGUGGAUGAGGGGGGAGGCGCGGCCAGGCCGUCCCCGCAGCGUCGCCCCAGGGCAGGGCUGGGCGGGUCCUGCGCUCCCCAGGCUGGCCUGGCGGGCGCCUGAGCUCCUCCCGGGGACCGAACCCGAGACCUCACGGCGGGUGCUGCCCGCCGCCUGCCCCGCUGCCUCCUGCUGUCACUCGGGUCGCGGGGGGCUCCUCCCAAAUGGGAUAAGCGGCCAAGAUGUUCAGUUUUGAAGGGGAUUUCAAAACGAGGCCCAAGGUGUCCCUCGGCGGCGCGAGCAGGAAGGAAGAAAAGGCUUCUCUUCUACAUCGUACUCAGGAAGAAAGAAGAAAGAGAGAGGAAGAAAGGCGAAGAUUGAAGAAUGCAAUAAUUAUCCAGUCAUUUAUUCGAGGCUGUAGAGACAGAAAACAGCAAUAUUCCAUCCAAAGAAGUGCAUUUGAUCGCUGUGCUAACUUAUCACAGUCUGGUGGCACAUUUCCCAUUGCUAAUGGUCCCAACCUUACCCUGUUAGUGAGGCAGCUUCUGUUUUUCUACAAACAAAAUGAGGACUCAAAACGAUUGAUAUGGCUCUAUCAGAACUUAAUUAAGCACCACUCUCUGUUUGUGAAGCAGCUGGAGGGGUCCGAGAGACUUACGUGCUUAUUUCAAAUAAAAAGGCUAAUGAGCCUCUGUUGCAGGCUGCUACAAAACUGUAAUGAUGACAGUUUAAAUGUUGCACUUCCAAUGAGAAUGCUUGAGGUUUUUUCAUCUGAAAAUACAUAUUUGCCUGUUUUACAAGAUGCUAGUUACGUAGUGUCCGUGAUUGAACAAAUUUUGCACUACAUGAUUCAAAAUGGAUAUUAUAGAUCCCUCUAUUUGUUGAUUAACAGUAAGCUUCCAUCAAGUAUUGAAUAUUCUGAUUUGUCUCGAGUUCCUAUAGCAAAAACUUUGCUGGAAAAUGUUUUAAAACCAUUGCACUUUACUUAUAACUCCUGUCCAGAAGGUGCGAGGCAACAAGUGUUUUCAGCCUUCACAGAGGAGUUUCUGGCAGCACCUUUUACAGAUCAGAUCUUUCAUUUUGUCAUCCCGGCGUUAGCAGAUGCACAGACCGCUUUCCCCUAUGAGCCCUUUCUGAGUGCACUGUUGUUACAAGAGGGGAGCUUCUCCAGAAGGAGUGCUGGAGCACCGUGGCUUUUCUAUUUUGUUCUCACUGUUGGCGAAAGUUAUUUGGGAGCACUCUCUGAGGAAGGCCUGUUGGAAUAUCUGAGAGUCCUCCAGACCUUCCUUUCUCAGUUACCAGUCUCACCUGCCAGCACAAGCUGCAACGACUCCGCCAGUGAUUCUGAAGAUGAGAGUGAAGAAGCUGACAAGCCCACAAGCCCGGAGGAUGGUCGGCUAUCAAUACCAUACAUAACAGAGGAAUGUCUGAAGAAGCUGGACACGAAACAGCAGACCAACACCCUGUUAAACUUGGUGUGGAGGGACUCGGCUAGUGAAGAAGUCUUCACCCGGAUGGCGUCCAUCUGCCACACGCUGAUGGUACAGCAUCGCAUGAUGGUGCCCAAAGUCAGGCUUCUCUACAGUUUAGCCUUUAAUGCCAGGUUUUUGAGACAUCUUUGGUAUCUAAUAUCUUCCAUGACAACACGGAUGAUCACAGGGUCUAUGGUACCAUUACUUCAAGUGAUAUCAAGGGGUUCUCCAAUGUCUUUUGAAGAUUCUAGUCGAAUCAUCCCACUGUUUUACCUUUUUAGCUCUUUGUUUAGUCAUUCACUAAUUUCUAUUCAUGAUAAUGAAUUCUUCGGUGAUCCCAUAGAAGUUGUAGGUCACAGACAAUCGUCAAUGAUGCCUUUUACUUUAGAAGAGCUGAUCGUGCUGUCUCGCUGCCUUCGGGAUGCAUGCUUGGGGAUCAUCAAGCUGGCGUAUCCGGAAACAAAGCCAGAAGUGCGGGAAGAAUACAUUACAGCAUUUCAAAGUAUUGGAGUUACUACCAGUUCUGAGAUGCAACAGUGUAUUCAGAUGGAGCAAAAGCGAUGGAUUCAGUUAUUUAAGGUGAUCACAAAUCUAGUGAAAAUGUUAAAGUCCAGAGACACAAGAAGAAGUUUUUGUCCUCCAAACCACUGGCUGUCUGAACAGGAAGAUAUUAAAGCAGAUAAGGUCACCCAGCUCUACGUGCCGGCCUCCAGGCACGUGUGGCGGUUUCGGCGCAUGGGCAGGAUCGGCCCGCUGCAAUCCACCCUGGAGGUGGGUUUGGAGUCCCCACCACUGUCUGUGUCUGAGGAAAGACAGCUUGCCAUCCUGACAGAACUGCCGUUUGUGGUUCCGUUUGAGGAACGGGUGAAGAUCUUUCAAAGAUUAAUUUAUGCAGAUAAGCAAGAAGUUCAAGGAGAUGGUCCAUUUCUGGAUGGAAUUAAUGUCACAAUCAGAAGAAAUUACAUUUAUGAAGAUGCUUAUGACAAACUUUCCCCAGAAAAUGAACCUGAUUUGAAAAAGCGCAUUCGUGUGCAUUUACUCAAUGCCCAUGGCCUGGAUGAAGCUGGAAUUGAUGGUGGUGGUAUUUUCAGAGAAUUUUUAAAUGAACUACUGAAAUCAGGCUUUAACCCCAACCAGGGAUUCUUUAAGACUACUAAUGAAGGACUGCUGUACCCCAACCCGGCUGCACAGAUGCUCGUGGGAGAUUCUUUCGCCAGACAUUACUACUUCCUAGGCCGAAUGCUCGGAAAGGCUCUCUAUGAAAACAUGCUGGUGGAGCUGCCUUUUGCUGGCUUCUUUCUCUCGAAGCUGCUUGGAACGAGUGCGGAUGUCGACAUCCACCACCUGGCCUCCUUGGACCCCGAGGUCUAUAAAAACCUGCUGUUUCUCAAGAGCUACGAGGGUGACGUGGAGGAGCUGGGGCUCAACUUCACCGUGGUCAACAACGACCUGGGAGAGGCACAGGUGGUGGAGCUGAAAUUUGGUGGGAAGGACAUCCCUGUCACCAGUGCCAACCGCAUCGCCUACAUCCACCUGGUGGCGGACUACAGGCUCAACAAGCAGAUCCGCCCCCACUGCCUGGCCUUCCGCCAGGGCCUGGCCAACGUCGUCAGUCUAGAGUGGCUGCGCAUGUUUGAUCAGCAGGAAGUUCAGGUGUUAAUUUCUGGUGCACAAGUUCCCAUAAGUCUGGAGGACCUAAAGUCUUUUACCAAUUACUCAGGAGGGUAUUCCGCCGAUCAUCCUGUCAUCAAACUCUUCUGGAGGGUUGUGGAAGGUUUCACUGAUGAAGAAAAGCGCAAGUUGCUCAAGUUUGUGACAAGUUGCUCUCGACCCCCUCUCUUGGGAUUUAAGGAGCUGUAUCCUGCGUUCUGCAUUCACAAUGGAGGCUCCGACCUGGAGCGGCUGCCCACGGCCAGCACCUGCAUGAACCUGCUGAAGCUCCCGGAAUUCUAUGACGAGACACUUCUGCGAAGUAAACUGCUCUAUGCCAUUGAGUGUGCUGCUGGCUUCGAGCUGAGCUGAGCUGAGCGGGGCCGAGCGGGGCCGACCCUCUGCACAGAAACCAG